AUGAUCCUGUUGAAUUUGGACGAACGUCCUGAAGUCUUUAAGACAUCAUUUGCUGAGUUUGUGUUUGUUGUUUUGAUUAUGAUGGCUCAGUUCCUUGUACAGGCAACCACAGCAAUGGCAUUGAGUACAUUAGAUAUCAUAUCUGCAUCCUUUGAGCAUCAAACUGGUCAAGUUCUUACUUAUUCUCAACAAAUAUGGUUCCCAUCUUCAGUGGCUCUUACAUGUGGGACUUUUAUACUUGUUAGUGGUAGACUUGGUGACUUGUUUGGAUUAAAGCAUAUGGUGAUGGCCGGUUGGAUAUGGAUGAGUAUAUGGACUCUUAUCAAUGGUCUACUGUACUAUUCUGCAUCUGUUCCCUUUUUUAUUGUGUGUAGAGCUUUCUCGGGUAUUGGAUUUGCUUUAAGCGUCCCUUCAGGAAUGGGAAUUUUAGGUAGAGUGUAUCCAAAUGGACCUAGGAAACACCUUGUUUUUGGAUUAUUAGGUGCUUGUGGUCCCACAGGUGCUACUGGGGGUGUUUUACUUGGAGCCAUUUGUGCCAAAUACAUUUGGUGGCCAUGGUAUUUCUGGAUUGUUAGUAUCACUGCAUUGAUCUUUUGCAUUCUUUCAUACUAUUUCCUUCCAGACGUUAACAACUGCAAGACCUGGGAAGAUUUUAAGUUCGCUUGUUCACAAUUUGAUUUCUUAGGUUCAGCUGUGGGUGUUAUAGCAUUGAUUCUUUUGAUAUUUUCAUUAGCUCAAGCUCCAGCUGCUGGUUGGGAUUCCGCAUAUAUUAUAGUAUGUCUUGUGAUAUCCAUAGCAUUGAUCGCGCUUUUCUUUUGGCUAGAAGUGAAGUAUGUUGCUCAUCCUUUUAUUCCCAGGAAUAUUUAUAAUAUGAAAUUACUACUUGUUUUAUUGAUUAUGACUUUUGGUUGGGGAUCUUUUGGUGUUUGGCAAUAUAUUUACUGGAGGUUGGUCAUACACCUUCGAGGUUAUAAUCCCGUGCUUGCGGCUCUUGGAUAUGGACCAUUUAUUUUCUUUGGGAUAAUUGCAGCAUUAUCGACAUCAGUUAUAUUCAAGUAUGUUAAGCCAUCGUUGUUGAUAUCUAUUGCUGCAACAUGCUUCAUGGUUGGAUGUAUAAUGCUAGCUGUUACUCCCGUGCACCAAUCUUACUUCCAGAUGACAAUGGGAGUCCAGUUUGUACUUGCUUGGGCCAUGGAUAUUUCAUUCCCUGCUGCAUCUAUUUUAAUUUCUGAUUUCCUUCCACUUGAACAUCAAGGUAUGGGAGGAUCAUUAAUUAAUACUUCUGUUAAUUAUUCCAAUGCUUUCUUCUUAGCAUUAUCGCUGUCGGUAGAGAAGCUGAUCUUCGAUAGCACACAAUCAACCAUUCAAAGUUAUCGAGCUGCUAUGUAUUUUGCAAUUGGUGUGGCUGCUCUUGGAGUUUUCUGUUCAAUCGUUUUCAUUUACGUACAGAGAAACGAUAAGGUUGGAGAUAUUAUGGAAGUAGAAGAAUUUGAAGAUGAAUCGGAGGAAAAACUGGAGAUAAACAAAUUCCCCACCAGUGAUAUUCUAGAAGGCCAUAAAGAGCAAGUUGAGUUUCAUCGCCGAUUAUCUCAGAGUUCGGCUCUGGCAAAUAGGAUGAUGUAA